GAGAACGCGAUCUUCACUUAUUCUCUUAUAAGACCAAGAACUUAUUCAGUUGCGUUCUGAUCGUCGUCGGUCGAACUACGCGCAGUGCUAUAGUUGUUCGCUUUUAACACGACAAGAAGAUGGGGCGAUCAAAGUUGUUAAUUCGAAUUUUCGCAGUUUAUUGUGUUGCAAUACAUUUCGGCACAAAUUUUGCACAGGACGCUGCCGCUGCGGCUGAAUGUGGUGACGAUGGUCACUCUGAAAAGGAUGCAAUCCAAAAACUAUUUGAAACAAUGGAAAAGAUCAACAACAAACUAGAAGCCCUAGACGAACGCUUAACCACACUCCAAACGACCCUUGAACUAAAAACCACACCUGACGACAGCAAGUGUCUAAUGCGAGAUGUCGUAGACGCAAUCAAUAACCAACGCUUCGAAAUAGCCGAGGAAAAGCUUAUCGAGUUGAGUGAUAAUAAAAAAAUAGCCAAGAUCGUUCACGAUGUUUAUGCGGGCUCGGUGGUGAAUGCCGACAGAAUUGUGGGAUUCGCAAAAUCUCUAAAGAGCGGGGAGUCCCAAUUCCUGGUGUUCAGUGCAGUUUUCGACGAAAUGGUUUUAGGUGGAAAUGCCGAACCAAUUAGGUUAAUAAAGCUAGUCGAGGCUUUCGAGCGAGAGGUGGCUAGGCAAAAUGACGUCUUGUUGAAAAAGAAGGCCAAAGACGUCAUUGAAAAGGCUGUUGAGGACAUUAAAAUGGCUUCGGUUACCGUCUUACAGAUGGCCAUGAUUGCGAAUAAAUACGAAAUGAAUGUGGAGAUUGAAAAGCUAUCCGAUGCAUUGUUUGAGUUUAAGUCGGAGGUGUCCAACGAUGUGAUGGAUCGUGUGGUGGACAGUGUGUUUGGAGUUGUUGCAGCGGGAAAGAUUCUUGACAAUAUAAGCAGUCACAAGAACAUUCCCCAAGUAAUCGAGGGAUUGACAGCGAUUUUCAAUAGAUUCAACUAUGCAGGCAACCUGAAUAAUGACGCCACCCUUACCCUGGCUUCUCACUUGCGCAAGCUCCAAGACCGGGAGCAGUACAAGACUCUGAAUCGGCAAUUGAAGGACGAAGUGGAAAAAGUGGUUCAACGACUUCCGGCGUGUGCCAAGAACCUCUUCUUCCACACUUAUGUGUGUUUGUGGAACAAAGCCAAGCAGCAGUAUAUGUAUGCGGCAAGUACAGCGGAAAGCCAUGACUCCGAGCGGCGCAACAUCUUCACAUGGUAUCCGGGAGAUAUUCCGACUGGGGCAUACUGGCAUGUUCAUCGCAUGGGAGAUGCAUUCUAUUUGAAGAACAAAGAACAUGCCGAUGAAUAUAUGUAUUCACCACUUUCGGACUUCACCUUUAGCAAGGAUCAGCGAUAUGCCUUCACCUGGAUACCGGGCAAUAAUACAGAUCCCCAAAGUGCCUGGGGUGUUGAGUUGGAUGGAGAUUUUUGUUAUAUCAAGACAAUCUAUCACAAUGAGUACUUGUAUGCAACCGAUGUUAGAUACAAUCAAUUGAAUAGUUACGUUUUCACUUGGAAGCCGGGUUCACUGGUCAGAAGCCCCGAAUUCCAAUGGCAAAUUAGAAAUUGUGGUCAGAUUGACAUAAGAAGUUCAGAUGGUUAAUUGUCUGCCCAUUGCAACAUACAUUUCAUUUUGUAUUUAAAAAGAAAAAAAUAUCAAUAAACACAUUAUCUUCAUUUCAACAA